UUUUCGCAAAUUGUUGGAACGAAUACGAAACAUAUUUCUGCAGCUAUUUUCUUUAAACUCUUUUGACUUUAAUAUUGUUAAAAAUAAAAAUAUUUAUUUAUUGAUAAAUUGACAUAUACAUAUUUUAAAUCUAUUAGUGAUAAUUAAUUUAUUGUAUUAAUCCUAAAGUGAGAAAAUUUCGCGCGGUUAAGAAAAGUUUGCACCUUCAAGGGCAUUUUCUAAGAUUUCCCACAAAGCAAAUCCAAACAGAAAUAAGUGAAAGUACCCAAUUCAGGGAAACCCCUUAAAGCAUAGCAAAAAUUAAAGUUAAACCAACAAAAUAUACAAAUUAUUGAUAUUAAAUUUUAAAACAAAUCAUGGGAGUCCCAAAGUUUUUCCGAUACAUUAGCGAAAGGUAUCCUUGCCUUAGUGAGCUUGCACGGGAAAACUGUAUACCUGAAUUCGAUAAUCUUUAUCUGGAUAUGAAUGGAAUUAUACACAAUUGUUCGCAUCCUGAUGAUGGAAAUAUUCAUUUUAAUAUAUCCGAAGAAGACAUGUUUAAAGACAUUUGUAAUUAUAUAGAUAAGUUAUUCUUUCUUAUUAAGCCCCAACGACUGUUUUUUAUGGCUGUGGAUGGAGUUGCUCCAAGAGCAAAAAUGAAUCAGCAAAGAAGUCGCAGAUUUCGUUCUGCCAAGGAUGCGGAGAAUCUUGCAAUUCAGGCAAAAAAUCGUGGUGAGACAAUUGAAAAUACUCCAUUUGAUUCGAAUUGCAUAACUCCUGGAACUGAAUUUAUGCAACGUUUACAAAAUACACUUCGAUUUUUUGUCAAAAAUAAAAUCAGUACCGAUCCAUUGUGGCAGAAAUGUCGUGUGAUUCUAAGCGGACAUGAUUCACCUGGUGAAGGAGAGCACAAGAUUAUGGACUAUAUACGUUAUUUAAAAUCACAAAAAGACUUCGAUCCACAUACAAGACAUUGUUUGUAUGGUUUAGAUGCGGAUCUUAUUAUUUUAGGAUUAUGUACACAUGAAAUGCACUUUGUUGUUUUAAGAGAAGAGGUUAAGUUUGGUAAAAAGACCAAACGGGCUUCAAUCGAAGAAACUCGCUUUUUUCUUCUUCAUUUGGGUCUUUUUAAGGAAUAUUUGGAAUUGGAGUUUUCAGCAUUGAAACAAUACGAAUCGUUUAAUAUGGCUCAAUUAAUUGAUGAUUGGGUUUUGAUGGGAUUUUUAGUUGGAAAUGAUUUCAUUCCACAUUUGCCCUGUUUGCAUAUUUCAUCAAACGCACUGCCAAUUGUGUAUCAGACUUAUAUUAAAAUAUAUCCAAAGCUAAAUGGCAACAUUAAUGAACAUGGAAUCCUAAAUCUAAGACGAUUGGAAAUAUUUUUGGAAGCACUUUCUGAAGUUGAAUUUCAACUUUUUGAAGAAAAUCACGCUGAUUUAAAAUACUUUGAAGGAAAACAGACCAAGAAUGGUAUUGACGAAGCUUUUGAUUUUGAUGUCAACGAAAUAUUAGAAAAUAAACAAGAUGACGAGUUGGCACAGCUAAUUGAAGAUAGCAGACAAUUUUGCGAAGGCGAUGAAAUGAACGAUAUCACAAGUGAUGAUGAAGAACAACACAUAGUUGACGAAUUCAGGGCUUACAAACGAAAUUACUACAUUAAAAAACUAAACUAUCCAGAAAUGACACCGGAAGUGUUGGCAGAACAAACUAUUACUUACAUAACUGCCCUACAGUGGAUCUUAAAUUAUUACUAUAAAGGUGUACAAUCAUGGAGUUGGUACUAUCCACACCACUAUGCCCCCUUUAUAAGUGAUCUUAAGAAUUUCAGUGACUUUAAGAUUGAAUUUGAAUUGGGAAAACCUUUUUUGCCCUUUGAACAGUUACUUGCUGUAUUACCUGCCCAGAGCAGAACCUUACUCCCCGAAGCCUAUCAAGACUUAUUCGUAAGUCCUCAAAGUGAAAUUGUACAUUUCUACCCCAAGGAUUUUGAGACCGAUUUAAAUGGCAAAAAAUAUGAGUGGGAAGCUCUUGUUUUGAUUCCAUUUAUUGACGAGAACCUUCUUUUGAAAGCAAUGAAAAAAUGUGAGACUGAUUUAAAACCCAGUGAGGUUAAGCGAAAUUCUCACGGUCCAAUGCUACAAUACGAUUAUACAACACAAUCUCAGGGUGAAUGUCAAAGCUUUAAUGCAGGUAAAGCUCUCUACAAUGUCUUUUGCACUGAAACACCCAUUUGGAGAGACCAAAUCAAUAUAAACAAUUUAAAAAAUCCCCUACGUGAAAUGGAAAAUGCUAAUCGUGAGGUCUUUUACCCUGGAUUUCCUACAAUGAAACAUUUGCAGUUUAAUUUCAAGUUAAAGAACAUAAGAAUCAAAGUAUUUGAUUUUCCAAGCAGAAAUGAAAGCAUGGUACUGAUGCCAGUGCCAAAUGGAGAUUGUGAAGACAUUGAGAAUGUCUCAAAGAAGUGUUUGGGGCAAAUUGUUUACACCGGAUGGCCGCAUUUAAUAAAAGCCAAAGUUACGGCCGUUUCUGAUUCGAAGUGCGUAAUAACCUCAGAAGGCACUACGGAAAAUGUUGCGCGGAAAUUUGAAAUGCAAUGCAAAACAGUUAUUGAACAUCUCACAUCCAGAAUGGGUAUUGAAAUAGAUUUCCCAAAAGUGCUCGUGCAUGUAAAGACACUUAUUGGAACUUCUGUAACAUGUGGCAGCCAGGGAAGAGUAAGCAACAAUGAUGUUUGGAGUCAAAAUGAAAUACAUUACCCACCUUCGGUUAUUAUUUAUGAUCUUAAAGUUCAUACUAUUAGUUCAAUGCUUCCUAAAAAAGUGGAAAAUAUCUUUCCAGUUGAUAGUAGAAUAUUCUUUGUUGGAAAUCCAUAUUUUGGAAGUGAAGGAACUGUAUUAGAUCCUUUGUUGGUUUAUGAAUGUGGAAGACUAAAAGUUAGCAUGACAGUUUUACCAGAUCCUGAUUUGUCGGAGCCAAAAAAGCUACAUAGCGAAGAGGAAUCGCACUAUUUUAGUUCUUAUGAUAUGGUGUCACUUUUGGGAAUUAAUACAAGAGUUUUGAUGAGAUUGACUGGACAAUUGUUUUUGGUGAUGGGUGAAAAAAUUAAAAAUCUUUCCGAUUCUGCUAAGAAAGUUAAUAUUGGACUUUCAAUGAGGUUCCCGAAACAGAACGAAGAAUUGGCUGGAUAUUGUCGCAGGCGAGAUAAUUCAUGGUAUUUCUCUCAAAAAGCUGUAACUCUUAUACAAGAGUACAACAAAAAGUUUCCAAUGGUUAUCCGUUACCUCUUGCAAACUUGUUCUUCCUCAAAUUAUGAUUUCUGCUAUGAAUCAGAUCUUUUCCCAAACAAGGUUGGUGAAAAAUGUGUUGAUGAAAUUGUCAACUGGCUCAACGAACAGGAAUUCUCUAAAGCAGAACGUGUACCAUGCGGAACAAAGUCUGUUGAAAAAGAAGCUGUAGAGAAAGUUAUUGAAUCAAUAGAAAAGUUAAAAACUUUACCUGUAAAAACGGUUAAAUUACAAGUUAAACCACACUUGCUUAUGAAACCGGAUAUAAAUUUGCCGGAACAAUAUAAACCAAAAUCUAACAUAAGACUGUUCGAUCGUGUAGUUGUAGUAAGAAAUACAUAUUUAGUUCCUAUUGGAUCAAGAGGUACUGUAAUCGGUGUCUUACCAUUUUCCGAUCCAAAUCCAGUUCGAUUGGAAUGUUUAAAGCAAACGAGUUAUUUUCUUGAUGUUUUAUUCGAUAAGAGCAUUCCAUUUGGUAAUUCUAUUUAUGGAAUAGCUGAUGGUAGGGUUAUGCGAGUACCCGAAACAGCUGUUCUUUGUCUAUUUAGUAAUGAUAAUUAUAAAAAUGAAACUUCCGACCAUAAAUCACAACACAAUGAAAACCGUAUACGCGGUGGCGAUAACGCUCAAAAACCCAACAACAACCCGCUUUCAAAUAUAACAUCAUUUGAUGUAGAAUCUCAGGCGAAAUUAAAAACCACAAUAUAUACAGAAAAUAUUGAAGAAACUACAACGAAAAUACAACCAAAUGCAGUAUCAAAAGAAGACUUUUGGAUGCCUGCUCCAGAUACAAUUAAGAGGAACUACAUUAAGUCUGUUGCCGAACAGUCAACAAUUGAUAAAUCAUAUCCUAAUCAUGUUAAUAAUUGGAGAACAGCUCAUUUACCAAUUGAUGAUGUACAACAAAUCAAAAACGAUAAUUGGAGAUCGACAUCUUUAUCAACAAAUGACCAUAACGCUGGAACAGAUGUCCUGAAGAAUUUGCAUGAAACGCAUAAAUGGAGAUCAACCAAUUUACCAACAAAUCCAGCACAGAAUGGUUUAAUUUUUGCAAACCAAGAAAGCAAUCUUAAUUCAGGAACAGAGGCACUUAAAAAUAUGCUUGGUUUGGCUACAACAAACUCCAAUAAGCCCAUUGUCAAUGCAUCUCAAUUUCCUCCACCGCCAAAUUGGAGAAAUUCAACAAUGGUAGCUAACAAAUCAGACGAAGCCCUUCAAAUGUCAAAUCCUGCCACCGAUAUUAAAAAAAAUGACGUUCCGUUGCAAUACUAUGGAAAAUGUUUUCCGCAUUUUGCACCACAACAGCAACUGCCUUAUGUCAAUGAUAAUUUUUACAGUCCCGUGUGUUUAAAUCAGAAAGGUGCUUUUAUACCUUUGCAAGUGUUGAAGUCUUGUCCAAACAAAGUGCUACAAGAAUCGGUUGUAGUGGAGGAAGAAGUUGAACAAUCGAUGCGAAAACUAAACAUCGACGCGUCUAAUAACACAAAAGGCAACUAUAAACAAAAGAAGACGACAAUACCCCUCACUGACUCAAAUAAACUAAUUGAUGCACUUCAAGAAACGGCCACGAAAAAAACACCAAAAACUUCAAAGAUCGCAGCUAGAUUUGACAAUCUUUAAAUUUUGUCCAAACAAAAAUAUUUAAUUUGGAGUUCAAAAUGUAUAAAAAGAGCUACAACAAUGCAGAUGUAAUUUAGAAUCAGUUAAGAAGUAAAUUAAAAUGAAAUGUUUAAAUAAGCAAGAAGAAUAAAAAGUUAUAUUCAAUUUUGAAAGUGUUAGUGAAUCUAGUUUUUUUUUUCUAAAUAUUUUUCUCUCCUAAUAUACAACAAAAACAAAUAUUGUAUUUAGUAGAAAACUGCUUAUAUAAAACUAUAGAAAUAAAACAAAAAUGACAAAAGUUCAA